UCGGAACCCGAUCUCCAACUCUAAUUCUGAAGAACGAAUGUAGAAGCAGCUGUCUGAUACACCAAAACCCAGCGAGGACCGGUGGCUAAACCUCGCGUUCCAACUUGCCCGAGCUCACCGGAACGGCGACACCUUGGUGAUCCGAUUGGAAGCUGAAGCUUUUUAAUUUUAUUAUUAUUAUUAUUUUUUCCCUAAAGUGAAAGCCUUUUUUAGCUCGAAACUUAAUCACUGUUAAGUUUUCAUUUUUCGACAUACGAAGCCAGACCAUGUUUCGUAGCAGAUUGAUGCCGUUUUUUCUGCGGAACGCCAACUCCAAAGCUCUGUCCAACUUCACCGGAACGGCGUCAUCUAGGAUUUUGAAGGAAGAAACCUCAAGAGUUUUCUUCUCGGGCAUGGCUACCAAAUCCUUCCAUCGCUUCCAAAAUUUCUACCCCAAGGGUCAUUUGUUGCCAUCUCUAAGGAAUAUGUCCACUGUGGCAUCUGUUGGUGUGGAAAGCAAGGAAGGAUUAAAGGUACUAGUAAAUGGAGGACGUCGAGCUCAGAAAAUGGUUGGGAUCUGGCUUUUUGGCUCUGCUGCAUGGGUGUUCAGUAUGGUGGUACUUGGUGGUAUCACGCGACUAACAAGGUCUGGUCUUUCCAUGACCGAUUGGAAAUUUUCUGGUGGUCUCCCUCCUCUAUCAGAUGAAGAGUGGUUGCUCGAGUUUGAGAAGUAUAAGCAGUCCCCUGAGUAUAAGCGUGUAAACCGAGGGAUGAGUAUUGAAGAUUUCAAAUUUAUAUAUUGGAUGGAAUAUGCACAUCGUAUGUGGGGAAGGGCAUUGGGUAUCAUGUUUGCUUUGCCAUUUUCGUAUUUUCUUCGUAAGGGAUAUAUUACCUUAGGGCUUGGACUGAGACUCUCUGGCCUUUUUGCCCUUGGUGCUGGUCAGGGUCUAAUUGGCUGGUGGAUGGUUAAAAGUGGUUUGGAGGAACCUGCAUCUGAGUAUUCUCAGCCUAGAGUAAGCCCUUACCGUCUUGCUGCUCAUCUUACUUCAGCCUUUGUUAUAUACAGCGGCCUUUUCUGGACUGGUCUUUCUGUUGUUAUGCCUGAACCACCUGCUGAAUCAGUAGCAUGGGUUAAGGGAGCAGCAAAAGUAAAGAGACUUGCUAUUCCUGUAAGCAUACUAGUUGGCAUUACUGCUGUCUCAGGAGCAUUUGUUGCUGGAAAUGAUGCUGGGCAUGCCUACAACACUUUUCCAAAGAUGGGUGAUACGUGGAUACCUGAGGAUGUUUUGGAGAUGAAGCCACUUAUUCGCAACUUCUUUGAGAAUACGUCAACUGUGCAGCUUGACCAUCGAAUCCUAGCAACAGCAACGCUAAUUGCAAUUGGCUCUUUAUGGUGGUCCACGAGGAAGUUGGAUAUACACCCUGCAAUUCGAUCCUUGAUUGGAAGCACUGUUGGCAUGGCUGCUCUUCAGGUUACAUUGGGCAUAUCUACCCUUUUGUCCUAUGUUCCUGUUUCACUGGGGACUGCACAUCAAGCUGGAGCUUUGACUCUUGUGACACUGAUGAUCCUUCUCAAUCACACUUUGCGGAGACCAUCAACGGCCCUUCUCAAAUCUCUCCCUCAAGUUGCAAAAACAAUCUAGAAAAAGAACUUUAGGAUGCUAUUUUGGACUAAGCAUUUUUACAAUUUUCCAACAAUUAGUGGCUGCACUAUUUUUCAGCCUGUUGUAAUUGAGUUGGCCUAAGCAUUCUUCAUUCUUGAAUUUAAUAGAAUCUAUGAUUUCAAAUUUUGUC